AUGAAGAUUCUCGCUGUAGCAGCCUUACUUACUGGUACCGUUUCGGCGCAUACCAUCUUUCAGGAAUUGUACGUCAACGGCGUCGAUCAGGGCCAUAUCAACGGAAUCCGCGUUCCUGACUACGACGGACCCAUCACCGAUGUGACCUCUAACGACCUCAUCUGCAACGGCGGCAUCAACCCUUACCACACGCCCAUUUCCACAGACAUCAUCACUGUGCCCGCUGGCGCCACCCUCACCGCCGAAUGGCACCACACUCUCGAUGGCGCAGACCCGUCGGAUCCAGCGGACCCCAUCGAUCCCUCGCACAAAGGCCCUGUAAUCUCGUACCUCGCCAAGGUGAACAACGCCACGCAGACAGACGUCACAGGCCUUCAGUGGUUCAAGAUCUACGAAGACGGAUACACCCCGAGCGACGCGCAGUGGGCGGUGGAUCGGCUGAUCGCCAACAAGGGCAGGGUCACGUUCACAGUCCCGUCGUGCAUCGAGCCCGGCCAGUAUCUCCUCCGACACGAAAUUAUCGCCCUGCAUGCUGCGAGCACAUACCCAGGAGCCCAGUUCUACAUGGAGUGUGCCCAGCUUCAAAUCACCGGCGGCGGGAGCACUCAGCCGGCGACCGUGAGCUUCCCUGGCGCAUACAAGAGUAGCGACCCCGGUAUUACCAUCAACAUUUACGAAACGUUGUCCUCGUAUACCAUUCCCGGUAUGUUCGACCUUCACAUGAUCCUCCCCACACCUUGUUCAUAG